CAUUGCUCUACGGAUAUAUUAUAAACAAUAUAAGCUGCUAAAAACUUCGCUUGUAUUUACUGGGCUUUUAAACAUCUCUGCAUUACAUAUACCAGCCUACUGGACGAGGAAGCCACCACUACAUCAUCAUGUCGAGCCCUUUCGACAUCAUCGCAAUAAUCACACCUAAAUCAGGGAAAGCAGAUAGGGUUGAAGAACUCCUCACCAUCGCUACCAAAGCCGUGGAAGCCAACGAGCCCGGUGCGCUUCGCUACCAUCUGCAGCGAGAAAUCAAGGGUGACAACCCUUCGUUUGUAAUGCUAGAGACAUACAAAGACCAGGCGUCACUCGAGGCACACGCAAAAAGCGAGCAUUAUCAAGCAUUGAGCCGCGCAAUCAAGGAUGAGGAUUUACUUGCUGCGCCAAUAAAAGUUAUGUUCACCAAGGAGGCUGGUGGGUACGCCAGUAGGCUCUAAGAGAGCGUAACAACUACAACGAUAGCUUAGACGAAUGCGCACGUGCAGGUCUCUAGCAUGGAAGAUGUUAGUAAAAUGAUGCAGGAUGCUCACUAUACUUGCUAGAGAAUCUAUUGAUUUCCGGCUAGUGAUCUCAAUUUCCGCUUUCCCAAAUGAGAUCAUAGCCUGGGAAGUUCUCGCUGCCUUUCACUUGCUUACUAGAUAUGCUUACAAGUUAUACAUCCCAAUAUCGACGCCCCGACAGAAAUUUCGUAGGCGAUAGAGAAUGAUUGUAAACCUGGUUACCGACC